GUAUGUGUUACAGUUAUGAAGUUAUCGGACCUGAAAAUAAAUCGACAGCAUUUAAAUCGUUCUCGAACAAGAGAAAUCAUAUCAAGGGUAACUAGUUUAAUUGAAGAAGCCGAAAAAGUCAAAGUUGAUUCAAUGGAAGGUGAAGCUGAUGAUGGUCGAUACAUUGAAUUAGAUUUGCUAAUACCUUCCGGUGAAAACGACGAACAAUUGAAACUUCCAGUCAAUUUUUCAGGCUCAUCAUCUGAGAAUGAAGAUUCAUCUUCAGAAUCAGAAAGCGAAUUUCGUGAAGUAAUAAUGCCAUCUCCAGUUAGACUUAGUUCAGCAGUUUCACCUCCUUGUACAUCUCGCAAACUUAUUGAAGAACUAAAAUCUGUUUGUACUGAUGAUUGUAUAAUAUAAGAUCACUUGUAAACUGUCUUCUUUUGCAGCUUAGUAGAUCAGAUGACAGCAUCUAGACUGAAUCGUUAACCGUAAGUUCGUUAGUUCACCCCCCUGAAUGCCCUGAUACGACUGAGGGUGGGGAAAGUGCGUUCUCAAAAUGCUCCCAUAUGGCCAAGCGUAUAUAGCCACUGCCAGUGAAGUCCUACUCAUUGUUUUCUCUCAGCCGGCUUGUUGUUUACGAAACUGAGGAUGAAAGGCGAAUGUCCGGAGCUUUAACCGGGUUGGUUGAUACCGAGGAUCCACUUGGGGGAUCUGGAGUACCCUGAUUCGAAACUAAUGGUGCGCAUGGGCCCCAGGAUCCUAAGGGAAAAUGGCAUUUGAGCCUAUUUUUGGCCACAGACCACCGUGGAACUGCACCUCUUAACGUUGCUCCACUGCCUUGUGGAUCAAACUUCUGGGUCAAAGGCUCUCUAAGAAAACCACCUGCUUGUUUGAGGACCCAGGCAGCAUCUCAGCGCACACACGAAUCCAAUAAAUUGUGUUGCACAUUUCUCUUUGUACCAAUGUUUGUGUUUAAGUAAAAUAAUAAAUAAAUAAGUAGCCCAAAUCUGUCCCCAUGUGUUUAUUAAUUUUGCACUAUCGAAGCUACACUCUAUUGACACUGCUAAGCUCUAGGUACUGAUAGAAGCCUGUUUGUUAGAUAACCUGGUGUGACCGAUUCGCUAAACUUCAUACAGUUUUCAUCCGUUUCUGUGUAUUGGUCUGUUGAUAUCUCAAAUACAUACAUUUCUUUGCAGGCUAGUCAACUCAUUCUAUAUUUGUGGUUAUGGAUUGUUUUUGAUCUUGUGGCAUGGAGAACGAGCUUGAAGUACUUCACCGAUUAUUGCAUAACUUUGGGAUUCUUAUACAAAUAUUUACUUGACUGUAACAGUAUCCUCUAUUUAAUUUCUUGUCAUCUAGUAGAUAAAUUGCCUCAUUAGUAAGAUACGUUUCACAACUAAGAACAUUUAAAUCAAGUUAGACAGUAAACCUUAAACUUCGUUGGACUGAUAAAUGAUUAUUACCAUGUACUACGCAACAUGAAUGUAAGCUGAUUUGUUUCCCCACUUUUCACAUGAAAACUGGGAAAAUUCAACAGAUGAAAAGCGGAGUAAAAAUAAUAGACAGAAGUAGAUAUGUAGAAGAAAAAAAACUGAUAGAAUCAAGCAAUAACAUUUAUCACAUGUUGCUGUAUGGAAUAUAAUACGUUCAUCUGUUGUGGUUACCUUAUGGAUACUUCCCAAGAAGUUUGCUCUCCCGUGCUAAUAGUCAAAGUUUUUAGACUGAUA